CCCACCCAAAACCUCUCGGCAUCCCACUUGUCCCCGUCGCUCUCUCUCUCUCUCGCCGCCUCGCCUCGCCUCGCACCAAUCACCACACGCGCACCGCGCACUCACUCGCCGCGCGGCGCGGCGCGGCGCCGCCUCACGCGGCGAUGAUGAUGAUGAUGCGGCGGGCGUUCCGGCACCUGGCGCGGCAGCAGCGGCGGCCGCUGAGCCACGUGCCGGAGUCGGCCGUCUACGGCGGGCCGCGGCCGCAGGAUGUGGGGGCGGCGGCGGGAGCGGGGGCGGGGGCGGGGGCGACGCGGCGGGUGACGGUGACGACGCUCCGCGGGAAGCACCGACGCGGGGAGCCCAUCACCGUCGUCACGGCCUACGACUACCCGUCCGCGGUGCACGUCGACUCGGCCGGGAUCGACGUCUGCCUCGUCGGGGACUCGGCGGCCAUGGUGGUGCACGGCCACGACACCACGCUCCCCAUCUCGCUCGACGUCAUGCUCGAGCACUGCCGCGCCGUCGCCCGCGGCGCCACCAGGCCGCUCCUCGUCGGCGACCUCCCCUUCGGUUGCUAUGAGUCCUCCUCCACGCGGGCUGUUGACUCUGCGGUGAGGGUGCUAAAAGAAGGUGGAAUGGACGCAAUCAAGCUGGAAGGAGGUGCACCCUCGAGAAUCAGUGCGGCUAAGGCUAUUGUGGAGGCUGGAAUCGCUGUAAUGGGGCAUGUUGGGCUCACGCCGCAGGCUAUUAGCGUGCUUGGUGGAUUUCGACCACAAGGAAAGACGGUUGAUAGUGCUGUGAAGGUUGUGGAGACAGCACUUGCCUUGCAGGAGGCUGGCUGCUUCUCGGUUGUGUUGGAGUGUGUGCCAGCUCCUGUGGCAGCUGCUGCAACAUCAGCAUUGCAAAUCCCAACCAUUGGAAUUGGUGCUGGACCAUUCUGCAGUGGACAGGUCUUAGUUUACCAUGACUUGUUAGGGAUGAUGCAACAUCCACACCAUGCCAAGGUCACACCGAAAUUCUGCAAACAAUUUGGAAAUGUCGGUCAUGUCAUCAACAAGGCUCUAUCGGAGUACAAGCAGGAAGUGGAAACCCGGAGUUUCCCAGGUCCCAGCCAUACGCCGUACAAGAUAGCUGCCGCGGAUGUGGAUGGCUUCGCGAAUGCACUGCAGAAGAUGGGCUUGGACGAGGCUGCAAAUGCUGCAGCUGCCGCAGCUGAAAACGCAGAGAAAGAUGGAGAACUACCCGAGAACAAAUGAUUUUUUUUUCUGUUGGUGGCUUCGAGCAUCAGAGCCUGCCACAAUGUCGCCACAUCUCUCAAUGCAAUCCUGCCAAGGCUGCAGGGGUAACUGUUGUCGGAAACGCCUGCACAGUGUUUGGGUAAUCUUUCCUAUGCCCUAACGUGAGUCUUAAAAAAAAAAAGACGAUGACAUCGAUCCCCUGUCCGGGCAAUUAUAAACUGGAUGUUUGGGAGCGAAUUGCACA